UUGUGUUACAAAAAGUCGAUGAACCGGGCCAAUUUGAUCUCGUUCGAGCCGGAAAUUUUGUACAAGUACCCCACGACUGACUACGAUAGUUUUGGUUUUCAAAAGGACGUGGCCUUGUUUUGCUUGCCGAUGAAAGCGACGAUCGAGUGCUGGCCGAAAAUCGCGAGCAAGCCCAGGCCCGUUUUCUCGACGUUCGUUUUGACCGUGGCCAAUGCGGCACAGAAAAUUUAUGGAUCUGCGAUUACUUUUUACGAGGAGGUGUUGCCUCCAGAUAGUAUUAUAGAAAACGAAAAAGACGACCUUGAUGUCCCGGAGAACGACACAACUGAACAAACAACGGAGCCGUCCAAAACAAGUAACUCCAAGCCAAAUGCGAAGACUGAGCCAUUCAAAAAGUUUGGCAUAUUGAAAAAGCUGAACCAAGCGCAGCUCGACAAGCU